GAAGAAGUCGAGAGAGACAGAAGAAGAAGAGAUCAAGAAACAGAAGAAGAGAUUGAGCUAGAGACAGAAGAAAAAUAAAGAGAAAAAGACAGAAGAAGAAAAGAUCACACACACACACACACACACACAGAAGAAGAAGAAGAAGACUAGAGAGAGAGAGACACACACACACACACACAGAGGCAGCAACACACAGACGCCAUCGCCCCAAAACAAACCUGAGCUCCACCUGUGUUACCUACCCUACAGGUGUGCUCGGGGGCCCCAGGUGUGUCAUUGGCGACUCUUAUGGACCAGUGAGCCUCGCCCUUCGCCGGCAUGCCCCCCAAGACCCGCAAGGUGGCCGUCAUGGGCUACAGAAGUGUGGGGAAGUCAUCUCUCUGCAUCCAGUUUGUUGAUGGCCAGUUUGUGGACAGCUAUGAUCCCACCAUUGAAAACACCUUCACAAAGAAACUCAAGGUGCGAGGGCAGGAGUACGGGCUGGAGCUGGUGGACACUGCCGGCCAGGAUGAGUACAGCAUCUUCCCGGCCCAGUACUCUAUGAACAUCCACGGCUACGUCCUGGUCUACUCCAUCACCUCGGAGAAGUCCUUCGAGGUGGCCCAGGUCAUCUACGACAAGAUUCUUGACAUGAUGGGCAAAGUCACGGUUCCUGUGGUGUUGGUGGGUAAUAAGAAUGACUUGCACCUGGAGCGUGUGGUGAGCACUGACCAGGGCCGCCGCCUGGCAGACCACUGGAAGGCUGUGUUCCUCGAGACAAGUGCCAAGGAGCAUGAGGCGGUGAGUGACAUCUUCACUCGAGCCAUCCUGGAGAUUGAGAAGGCCGAUGGGAACCUGCCGAGCGGUAAUGGCUGUAGUAUUUCAUGAAGACUCUGUGAUAUAGCCAGAACCUUUAUCGCCACCACCUCUCUGACAACUGAUUUGGAUCUUGAAAACAAGACUUUGUACAUGGCUUAUUCUCUUCACGGGCAACAGGACCCAGAAAUUUGUGUUUACUUUUGUUGCAUCAGUUCAUUAUGGCCUUGCCUGUUGUGAGUAUGAGCCAGCCCACUGGACCCUAGCAGUGCCCUUCUUGUCUGUUGUAGGAUAAAGGCCAGUGGGUGUGGCUAACCAUUCAAGGCUCAGGUAUAUACAUAGACAAAAACAUUAGGUGGAUUCAUAUUAGGGAACACAUCUCAUCCACUGCCUGAAAUGGUGGAUUUUGUACACUAAAGCCUGUCUUUCGGGGUCUGGCUUUGAGGAAUUGGAAGGUUUGUGUGUGCGGUUAGGGAAUCACGAUAAUCAAACACCUACUUCAUGGUCAUUGCCUUGCAACACACCAGUGGAGGGCCCCGCCGCUCACUGCCCCGUGUGUUUAGGAAAGUCGUAGUAGCUCUUAUUUACUCCAUUCUUCUCUAAAUUGUUGGUCACAAUUUCAGAGGAAAGCUUUUUUUAGGAAAUCCAUCAGUGUUGGGUACAAUGAUGAUGACCAUAUUGGAAUUCCACUUAAGUUUGUAGAAAAUAUUUACAUGUGGGGGUGACAUAUUUGUUAACUGAUAACUUACAUUUUAAGUACGUGAUGAAGAUUACACAGUUGUGGAAGCUGAGCUAACAGUGACGUAGCUGGGCUAAUAGAAUGUAAGGCAAUAAAUUCGUAGAAAAAUA